GGAAGCGCCACACGUUAAAACCAACGCACGGCUCACCGAAUAGCUGCAGUCCGUGCACAGGCAGUGGCUCCGGCAAUGGUUCGUUUGGUUUAACCGGGGCGACCAACUUACAGCCUCGCGUCGGACACCGGGAGGGGUCGACUCUAAAGUUCAGGCUUCGCUGUCACUCGGUCGGUUUACAACAAUGUUGAGCAGCGUUGCUCUGCGGGCUCAGGUUGCGUCCAUAAUCGAUGCCCUGUCCAAAGCAGCCGUGGCAGAGAUCUCCAAAGUUGUGGAGGACGGUAUGGUGGUGCUGCGGCUGGAAAUGUGUCAGCGUGAAACCGAGAUCAAGAAGCUGAAGAGCAGCAUCGAGGUCCUUCACACCGAGCUGAGGGCAGCGCAGGACCGAGUGACCCUGCGACCCGACAACCACGGGAGAGAUGGUUGUCAGAGUAGCACUGGUGACGAGAGGACCUUGCUUGAAAAUGUACACACUGACAAGGACCACAACAGCCUGUCCAUACCCGAGGUCCAGGUUAAACCUGAACCUGUGGAACAGGGAUGUGAAGAGGCCAGAGGGCAGCCUGAUCGGCUUGGGGAAGAGCUGGGUCUGUACGAAGGGAAUGGUGGGCAGUGGAGAUCAGCAACGCAAAACGAGACAGGACACAACAACUCAGAUUUUUUAAACUUAGGGCAGAAUGCCCUCUCGUGUCUCCCUGAGUCUUCCAUGGACGCUGGCCUGGCUGUGCCUUGCAGCAGCUCCGGUGGGCUUCAGCAGAGCCCGUUCAGCCGUGGUUUGCUGGGCUACAGUCAGUAUCGUAACUUGUACAACACGGUGCGGAGGAGGACAGUGAAGAGGUUAAUGUUUAAGAAGGGCUUUAUCUGUCCAUAUUGCGGCAAAUGUUUUGAGCGUGCCGGGCACCUCGAGAGACACAAAAGGAUUCACACUGGUGAGAAGCCGUAUCGUUGUGAGAUAUGUGGGAGACGCUUCAAUCAGAAAUGCAGCCUCAAGGAGCACACAAAGAUUCACAGAAGGUCAGGUAUUCAGCCCCAAGCAGUUGAGGUUCAAGCAGGCGAACAGAAACAAAUCCCCGAGGUGAAUCCAUGCACUGAUACACUUCGCCCUGAGGAAGACAGCCAGAUGAAAGCGGAGGAUGGCCUACCUGAGAAAGAGGACAUUCUCCCAACACCUGUACAGAUAAAAUCUGAGCCUGCGGAGGAGAAUAUAGCACAACCCCUGUUUCACGGAGGAAAUGAGCAGACGAGGGAAGGAGGAGACAACCUCAGUGAGAACUUUACAGCAUUUGAGAGAGACAGCCAGCAGUGGAUAUCCCGAUUACAACCACAAAACAACACAGAGAUGAGCAGCGUAGAGUAUCUCAGCAGCUCAGCGCAGAAUAUGACUUCCUUCCCUGGUAUAGCUCAGUUACUCCCGGCACCAGUCGAAGCUUCUUGUAGCACCUUCUCCUUUCCAGGGCAACCUUAUGGAGACCUAAAAAACAGCAUGAUCUCCCAAACACCCUAUGGAUCGAUAGACACACACCUCAUAUCGAGUGAGACGGGCUUACAUGGUAUGGCGGAUGCCUCGCUGAAUCACCACCGACAGAGGAGAAACAGGUCUUUUCAGGUCAUCAAACCAAAGAAAUGCUUCGUGUGCUCAUACUGUGGCAAGGUCUUUGAGCGCGCUGGCCAUCUAGAAAGACAUUUACGAAUUCAUACUGGAGAGAAGCCGUAUGGAUGCCAUAUCUGCGGGAGGUGCUUCAAUCAGAAAAGUAGCCUGAAGGGCCACAUGAAGACGCACAGAAACGGGGAGAAUACAGAUGUGCUGGAGGCACAUCACCUGAUGUUUACAGCUCCUGAUAAUCAGCCGCUGGAGAACCUGGCAGAGCCUAAGACCGGACCCGCAGCUUUUGAGGAACAGGUACGAGGCAGCGAGGCAGGUGGUGAGCAAAAGGUAGUGGUAAAGGUGGAACCAAGUGGGGAGGAUUUUCAGACUCUAAGUCAGGCAGGUACUGAUAAUUCCACAGGAGCACCAGACCUAAGUCAGCUGUGGACAUCUGGGAUAGAGAAGAGUAGUGACGCCACGGAACAAACCGUCUGUGUACUUUUACAUGAUGUCAAGUAUCACAUCAGUCCUGCUGCUGGUGCAGCCAAUGAGCAGCAGGGAUAUACAUCACCAAUCAAGGAUCUGCCGUGUUUAGACAACAAAGAAAAGGAAGAAACGAUGCACCACGAUCAGUAUUCAGUGAUGGGAAUGCAAUCAAGCUCUGACAGGACUCUCACAUCUGAGCUACGAGAUCAGCAUAUCACACAAGAGGUGGAUGUGAAUAAUUACUGUGCAGUGAGUGACAGGACUCAGGAGGGAAUCGCGUUUGAAUUUAAUACGACGGCCUCAAUCAGCCAUGAGGACAACUGUGGCAGGGACACGGCCAGGCAAAACUGCUUUAUAUGCUCCAGCUGCGGACAGAGCUUUGAGAGUUUCAGUUUAUUUCAGCAGCACCAGUGCAAAAGUAUCUGCGAGCAGUCCUUCAGCUGUGAGAUAUGUGGUGAGAUUUUUAAUGAGAUGAGCAUCCUGAAACUGCACCUUAAACUGCAUGUAGAAUAAAAUCAUUUGUCAUGUGCACAGCAAGGAAAAAAUGCAGGGGUUACCACCAGGCUCCAUCCCAUUCAGCUUUAACAAAUGUUUCAUAUAAUGAAAAAAAAAAAUCACAAAAUCAUUGAUAUUUUGUGGAAUUUGGCUGAAUCAGUACAAAUGACAGGAUACGUCUUGCAGUUGCUGACUGCAUUGUAACAACCCACACCUUUAUGUGGAUUCUCAUCAGUGUACUAAAUCACAAAAACAUUAGUAUGCUUUGUUCAAUGCCUUGUUCUCCUGUUGAGGGGGUUGCAGUGAGGGUAUGUGGAGUUAAACUUUGUCAUGAAGUUGUUGAAAGCCUGCGUUGACAGUAUUCAUAUAUAUUGAAACAGCAUUGUCAUUUUAAUUCAGACCGAACAAACCCUGUUCUCGCACAACAAUGCACUGUAUACCUCAAAUUACCAUUGCCUUCAAAGCUGCAUGUGAUUACUGUAUGACUUGAUAGUAUUAGCACACUAUUCUGUUGGUUUGAUUUUUCAAAAGGCAAAUUUAAAGUAAACACUGUGAUUUUUUGGGUCAAGCCAAGAUUUCAAAUAUCCCAGACCUCCCACUGACCAAAACCUGGCAAUGUGGCAAUAGUUUUCUUGGAGAAUGGCAAGGGACUACAACAAGUUCAUGCUGAAUAAUAUGCAGGAAACUUGUGCUUCACUAAAGAAACGUGAAAUACCUCAGUGGUACACACAGUACCUGCAGUUAUGAAGAAUUUCGAGAAGUGAAGGAAUGUAAAGUUUCUCUUUGGUUAUGUUGUUACCUCUGAUAUUUAUUUUGUGGGUUGUAGUUUUGGAAAUUAUGCCACGGGUCAGCGACAAUAACACGUUUCACAGACAGUGUUAAGCUUCGGAGACUGUAAUAUGAAAAGCCGUUUGUCUGUUUGAGUGUUUGAGGGUCCUGAAUGAACAGUGCAGUUCUUAAUGGUUUGCAGCAGGUGGCUGGACGUGAAGAGGUCAUUAAAAUAGUGUGACAAAACUCAGAGUCAAGCUAAGCCCACAGAAAGAGCACCUGUCCAGGGCUGACAGGGUGACACAAUACCCUUUAUAGUACAGUGUGAUGAGUGCCUACAUUUUUCACAUGGGAAUGAAAUCCCUGACCCUGCCGCUGCAGUGUUACAGCCUUUCAUUCGUAGUGUUUUCAGUUUGCUUUAAUUCAGUGGUUUACUUUGCAAAAUCACUGAUCAAUAAAGACACACAACUGUAGCAUGAUUCACGGGAAUCACAUGAACUUUUACAGUAACAGUUUAUCACAGGAUGAUAAAUUAUAUUUGAAAGGAUGAAGGACAU